AUGGCCAAGUGGCCCCUGGGAGCAUCGGACUUCCCGCGGACCACUCGGGAGGAGUUCGAACGGUUCAUCCCGCACUCGGACCCCGCCUACAUGGAGAAGCGCCCCGCCUGGACCAAGAUCUUCGCCGUCUGGACCGACCAGGCCCACCGGAGCAUCACCACCUUCUGCCUGUUCUACGGCCAAGACCACGAGAGGGAGAGACGGGGCGCCUUGAGGAGGCUGGCGCAGCUCAACCUCGAUGACCCCAACCAGUGGACGGAGGGGGACCUCUUCGCGAUCUGGGAGGAGCUCCACUGGGACUGGUGGGGCGGCAUCCGACUGAUCGUCCAGCGGGCCCUCCGCGAUCUCAGAAACCAGAACCCCACCGAGGAGGAGUUCAGGCUCCACCUGUUGGAGGGGCCGGGAGGCCAGCCGCGAUUCCAGAUGUCCCUCUCCUUCCAGCUGGACCACCCCAACGGGUUCUUUCGAGCCCGGGACGACAACCCGCAGUGCCCCAUCGGCACGGCCCUGGAGGCGGAGGAGCAUAAGGCGGCCCUGGCGGGUGUCCCUAAGAACCCGCAGGGCAAGAGGAUUUGCAUCCCCUUCAAUUGCCACAGCACGCGCUGGCGGGGGAGCGGCUGCCGGGACGCCCGCCAGAAGAUCAAUGAUCUGAAGGGCCUCCCCAUGGAGACCAGGUUGCUCUUCUUCCGCUUCGGAGGGUUCCACAAGCUCCCCCUCGCGACGCCCGCAGCGGUGGAUGCCCGCAUGGCUGCGCUCCGGAAGGGACCGAAGCCCCGCCCGAAGACCCGCGGCGGGCAGAACGCCAACCGGGGCACGGAGACACCCCCGGGGGACCCCCCCACCACGGGGAGGGGGGAGCCCGAGCAGAGCGCCACGCAGGCGCCCGCCCCGGGGGUGCUGGCGUGCAUCACCUGCCCGCGCCGCGCGGCUCGGGGCACGCUCGACUUCGGCCAGUACCUCCACCCCACGGGGCCCCAUGCCCAUCUCAUGCGGGAGAAGCUGGGGCUGCAGGAAGGCGAACCGGAGGGAGGGCAGUGCAUGCUCCUGAGCACCGCCGCCUCCUCGCUGUGGCGGCAGCACGGCACCCCCCCUCAUCAGGAGGAAGUGCGCGCCCUGGCCACCCGCUACCGGGCGGAGCUGCUGGAGGCGGCCGGCGAUGCGCCGCCGGCCUCCAGUUCGCCCCUGGACGACGCAUUCCGGGCGGGAGCCGCCGUCCCGCACUCGGGAAGAGACUACCGAGAGUUUCCCUUACUGGGAGGCCCCGCCCUCACCAGCGUCGACCUCCACGCGUGCACGCUCCAGGGCGCCUACCUCCGCGAGGCGCGGAUCCCCAGCCGCGCGAGCGGCGACUCCCCCGACGCCUGGCUGUUCCUCAACCAGGGGCACGCCCUCGCACUGGGGCCCACGCCAGAGGCCUUCACCUGGAUCCGCUACCGGGACGUGUGGCCCCGCCCGCGCCAAGCAGAGGCGCCCCCG